UCCUCCCUCCCCCACCCCCCAUGGGAAAAAGCGGGUGAUAGAAUCUGCCUACUCAUUUCCCUCUAACUUUGUUUCCGGCACCUAGCGGUGGUGCCUUCCUCUACGCCUGUGCCCCAGCUGCUGUCUGCCCCCGCCAGCUCUGCCCCUUCGCCAUCAUGGGGGAGAUCUUUGCCGUGUAAACCCUCAGCCUCCAUCAGGCUCCGGACGUAGACAUGGCCAGGACCCCACGCGCCCUCCCUCUGCUGCUGCUGCUCGGGCUGCCUCUCCCAGAGCCAACCCCCACCCUGGGGUACAACAUCGACACCACCCACCCACGGGUGCUGGCCUCCGAUGCAGGUGGGAAUUUCGGGUAUCAGGUGCUGCAGUCCAAAGAUGCAAGCCUGCUCGUGGGCGCGCCGGGCGACCAGAACUCCACCGGCCAGCUGUACCAGUGCGCAGUGAAGAACGACGCUCAGAUGCCGUAUCUCGGCAUGGUCCUGGAGAGUGACAGUGAAGACGACCGGGUGAUUACCUGUGGCCCAGGCUUGCAACGAACAUGUGAUGGGAACCUGUACGUGAGUGGGGCCUGCUACCUCUUCAGGGGACGCCUGGAGAGGCCCCAGGAGGUGACACCAGGAUAUGUAGACUGCCUGAAGGGGAACGUGGAUCUGGUGUUUCUGUUUGAUGGGUCUGGAAGCAUGACCGACGAGCAGUUCCAAGCCAUCUUGGACUUCAUGAUCAGCGUCAUGGAGAAACUGGGAAACAGCACGAUACGCUUUGCUGCAGUGCAGUUUUCCCUUGAUGUGAGGAUAGAAUUUGACUUUAAUGCUUACAAAGAAAACCCAAAUCCCCGGAUGCUCCUGGGGAAAGUGAGGCACAUGAAGAGCCUGACCUUCACUUUCAAAGCCAUCCACACAGUUGCGGAACAGGUGUUCACCCCGAAACGUGGCGCCCGGGAAGAUGCGAAGCGAGUGAUGAUCAUGAUCACAGACGGGGAUCCCUCUGACUCGGGGGAUGUGAAGGCUGCCGAAAAGAAGAAUAUUGUUCGCUACAUCAUUGGGAUUGGCAAUAACUUUGCAAAGGACAAGUUCGGGAUCUUGAAGCAAUUCGCCUCCGAGCCCGUCAGCCAGUUUGUCAAAGUGCUGGACAGUUUCGACAAGCUCAAAAAUCUCUUCAGCGAAUUGCAGGCCAAAAUCUACGACAUCGAAGGUACCAGCAGCCGCAGCUCCUUCCACCUGGAGCUCUCCUCCAGCGGGUUCAGCGUGGACAUGUCCAAAGGCCGGCUGGUGCUGGGGGCCGUGGGGGCAGAUGAUUGGGCAGGGGGUCUGAUUGAGCUGCAGGGGGACCCAGCACAAGAGAUCUUCAUCAAGAGCCCCUCCAGCAAUGGGGAGAAAAGCUACGCGGUGAAGUCCAUGCAGCACCAGAACAGAACGCUCUAUGCUGUGGGCGCCCCCCGCUACCAGCACAUUGGGAUGGUCGUCGUGUUUCAAACACACCCCGACAGCACCAACUGGACAGAUAUUCAGCACAUCAAGGGCAAGCAAAUUGGCUCCUAUUUUGGGGCAGUUCUGUGCUCUGUGGACAUGGACGGGGAUGGGGACACGGACAUGCUCCUAGUGGGGUCCCCACUGUACUAUGAGGAGAGGAGUGGGGGCAGGGUCCAUAUCUAUCACUGGGACCAGGCCAGGCUCACCAACACCACAGUGCUACAGGGUGCCAUGGGGAACCCACUGGGCCGGUUCGGAGCAGCCAUCACACAACUGGCUGACUUGAACGGGGACGGCUGGGCUGACGUAGCCGUGGGGGCGCCGCUGGAGAACGAGGAGCGGGGCGCUGUCUAUAUCUACAACGGCCACCCAACGGGGCUCAACACAGAGUACAGCCAGAGAAUUGAAGGUGCAACAGUCUCUCCAGGUGUGAAAUACUUCGGCCAGUCCAUUCACGGACAGAUGGACCUGGGAGGGGACGGACUCACAGACAUCGCCGUCGGGGCUCUCGGAGAGGUGUUCGUGCUGAGGUGCAGCUGUUUUCCAGGCGCCCGGGAGUGGGACCUGGGGCUUUUCCCCUCGGUUGGGUGGAGUGUUCAGGGGCUGCUGCCUCCCAGCAGGGUGUUCAGGUUACACUCACCGUCUGCUUCAACACCGUCCGAGCCACUGUGCGCUACCGAGAGCCGCUCUCUGCCAACCUCACCUACUGGCUGGAGGUGGAUGCCAACUGCACGAAACGGGCAGAGGAACAUGUCCAGGAGCUGGAGCAUCUUGGAUGGGGAGCACUGCAUAAACGAGCGGCUCCAAAUUGGGAACUGCAUUGAGGAUUACGUGACUCCAAUCAAUAUCUUGCUGCGCUUUGCCCUCGAAGAGGACAACAUCACUAGCUGGCUCCCAGUACUGAACCCCUUGUACAACUCGGCUGUAACAGAGAUCCCCUUCGAGAAGAACUGUGGGAAGGAUGAGAAGUGCGAAGCCGACCUGAAAAUCCAUUUCCACGAAAACACGUCGAAGGCGCUGUUGGUGUCGCCCUCUGACGCACUGCAGGUGGUUCUGAAGCUGAUCAAUGAUGGGGAAGAUGCCUACCGCGCCACUGUCCAUAUGCCCCUGCCGCCGGGGCUGUCCUUCCGCAAGGCCUCGGUGCUGGAGCGCAAUGUCCAGGCCAGAAUUAGCUGCAAUGGCCUGGUGGCCCCCGACACCAACUUCAGGAACCUUUCCUGUAAUAUCAGCCAUCCGAUCUACUGGGGGAACAGUUCGAUUCUGUUCCAGCUGCUGUUUGACGUUCUCAGCGACAGCUCCUGGGAGGACUUUCUGGAGCUGCAGGUCAUGGCCAGCAGUGACAAUGAGAGGAACGGGAGCCUUGAAAAUAACAGAGCCCUCCUGCAGAUCCCAGUCCUGUACCCUGUAAACAUCAUCACCAAAAGCUCAUCCCUUUGGCAGGUGGAGAACCUGCUGCCCGGGAGUUUCCCACAGCUGGAUGUGACGGUGUUUGUGGUGGUGCCAGACGUGUUCCUGAAGGAACUAUUUUGGUUGCCUCAGGGCGUGCAGACGGAUUCCAACGUGACCUGCCAUGUUCGCAAGGACGCCCACAGCCCCUGCUUCAACCAUGCCCAGAGCUGCUUGUCCGCACAGCAGCAAAUCUACGAGUGCCGCCUGGGAGAACUAGACACCCCCUCCGUCAUCACUGUCACCGGGCUGCUGCACGAUGCCAGCGAAAUUCAGGAGUCCUCCCAGUCCCCGUUCUGCACUGCCCUGUGUUUUACAUUCAACACCCACAAAUACAGCCUGUUGAGCAACGACUUCAUGCAAUCCCAGGUCACCACGGAGGUGGAGCUGGUCUACGUGAUGAAUUACCUCCCCAUAUACGUAGGCAGCGGCGUAGGGGGGCUGCUCCUAUUUAUCCUGAUCAUCGUCGGCCUGUACAAGUGCGGCUUCUUCAAGCGGAAUUACAAGGAGAGGCUAGACUAUGGCAAUGGGGUGGGGCCUGCAGGGGCCAGCCCGGAGGCAGAGCCGAAGGCGGAUGGAGAGCAAAAGGAGGCUCUCACCACAGACGCUCCUAGCGAAUGACCAGAUCCUUCCUGCCCCCCGACUGUGGAUCCAAGGCCUCCUCCUCGUCACCCCACCCCCACCUGUUCAGAGGAGCCACGUACCCCACACUCAGCGGGGACCCUGCCCUCGCCAGCAUCCCCCAGCGGCCCAAAGGAGCAUCGCAGCAGCUGGGCCUUUUCAGACCCGUGUCUCCCUCCGGCCUCCUGAGGGGAGCGGUCCUACCUUGCUGGGGUAGAACAGGCACCCCCAAAGUCUGAACCCUCCCACCUUGACGGCCUCCACAGCACAGAGAGAGGGGCUGGGCAGGCCACCGGUGCCAAUCUCCACUCUCCCCAGAGCAACGCGAGGACCAGGGCAGGGCGUGCCGGGGAGCUCCCACAGCACUGAGCCAGCUUGGCAAAGGACGUCAUUUCGCCCGGCCUGCCCAGCCCCGUGCUCCUCCUCGGCAGCCAGUCCGUCCGCCUCAGCAACCAAGAGGGAAAACAAUCCGGAGAGGUGACAGAUACCGAGGCGGGCGGCACUUCCUGGGAUGCCCGACGUGGAAUGUAAUAAACUGACUGCGGAGCCAGAUCAGCAGAAACCGAUGACGGAGCCGACGGC